CCCACUGGUUACUUUGCUCUCUGUCAUCAUCUGCUCUCUAGCCUCAUCCCUUCGCCGGUCCCAUACAAGCAGCAUGGCUCCCGACGCCCUCGACGUCUACCGUAACGGGUUCCUGACCCUCAAAAGCUCGCACCUGGGCCGUCUCGUCACCGAUGUCCGCAACCCGGGCGACGACUUCUGGCCCGAUACUGACGAUGCCCUCCCGGAGCACGACGUGGAGACAAGCCCCUUCAUGACGCUGCGCGAUGCCGGAUCCACCAGCGCGAGCGGAGGACUCGGCGCAAAGCUAUCCAGGCUCUUCACGGGGGACGUAGCCUUCGAGGGCAGCAAUUCCAACGACCUGCAGACGAAUGAACUGCUUAGGUAUCAUCUCCUGCUGCAGAGACGCUACUUCAUGAACAUGUGCGCCGCCGAGGACACGCGGAAAUGGAUGGAGAAGGCCAUGCUAGACUACCCGCUGUUCUUGGUGGUGGGACUCAUCACCGUCAAGGACGCCGAGGCGCAGGCGGACCGCCAGCGGGGUGGGCAGGCGUCAUUCUCGGGGGAGGCUCCCGUGGGCGAGUCGCUGGGCAUACCAGACCCCGAGGGCAUUGCAAAUGUCGGGCUGAACAUGCAUGCCGGCGGGUCGUCAGGGCGGACCAUCUCGUUCACUGCUCCAGGUGAGCGCGUCAUCGGCGUGCGGUAUCGCAAGCUCAAGUUUAAGGUGCUCAAGAAAAAGAGCGUUGACACGGCCUCGCUGGAGAACAAUUCCAAUCGAUGGGAGAUGUUCACGGCGGGCGACCGCGCAGGCGAGGAGGAUGUCAUCGAGGCGGACUUGGAGGAGGAGCUGGCGGAGGAUGAUCUCGAAUGCGACGUGGAUGAGGAUGACAUGGUCGUUCUUGAGGCAGACGUGUAAGAACUCGAUGGGAAUCCAUGGGAUGUCAUUGCCCAUUCUCUGGGAUCGGAGUCGCCGUUGGUGUCCGCCUCUUCUACAGGCUUGCGGUGCCCGAGAUGGCCUUUAGUGGCAUGCAUUCGUCAAGCGAACAGUCUGGAGUGACCGGGAACUCUCGGUAUCCGAUUCUAGGAGGGCCGCUCUUUGCUGUUGAGAAUAUGCCGACCAGAACGUUUUAUAUUUGUGGACUUCUAACUAGCGCUAGUGAUCUUCUAUGUGACGCCUACUUCUAGUUAUGCAUAAGAUAGCCGUUGAACUUCUUAAAUGGAUCUCUAAAAAUGAAUGUGCCUUGCGAGGUGGGCUUGACAUAGUAUGACCGUUAUGAGGGCACCAUCUAACGAGGAGGAUACGAUUAGGGGAGAAGUAGGCAGCAACGGAACAGUUAGAGCAGGGGUCACCCAAGUUCUCGAAAGC